CGGGGGGAACGGCUAUGGCAAUCGAAUAAAAGGGGUGAGGAGGUGCGAUUUCGCGCGUUCACCGCGAUUCCGAAUUGCAUUUCUGACAGAUUCUGACGGCGACAAGCGCGCUGGCACCGGGGAGCCGCUGGCCAAGGUGAUAAUUGAGCAGGCGAGUCUGUUCGCGACGACGAGAGGCCGACGAGAUGUCCGUGAUGGGUAAGCCGGUGCUCUACUCCUACUGGCGGAGUUCCUGCUCGUGGAGGGUGAGAAUUGCGUUGAAUCUGAAGGAGAUACCAUACGACAUAAAACCAGUGAGCUUGGUGAAGGGUGGUGGGGAGCAACAUUCCAAUGAGUUUCGCGAGAUCAAUCCGAUGGAGCAGGUCCCCGCGCUCCACAUCGACAAUCAUACACUAAUAGAGUCUUUAAAUAUCCUGCAAUACUUGGAGGAGACCAGGCCGAGUCGUCCGCUGAUGCCGGCGGAUCCCGUCAAGAGAGCCAGGGUCAGAGAGAUCUGCGAGGUGAUUGCCAGUGGCAUACAACCGCUACAAAAUCUCACGAUCCUGAUCUACGUCGGGGAAGAGCGCAAAAAGGAAUGGGCGCAGCAUUGGAUUACCAGGGGAUUUACAGCCGUGGAAAAACUAUUAUCGUCGAGUGCGGGCAAGUAUUGCGUUGGCGACGAGAUUACGUUAGCUGACUGUUGCCUAGUGCCACAGAUAUUCAAUGCACGGAGGUUUCACGUCGACCUUAGACCCUUCCCCACGAUUCUCAGGGUGGACCGUCACUUGGAGCACCAUCCGGCCUUCACCGCGGCUCACCCCAACAAUCAGCCCGACUGUCCGCCGGAGGCGACCAAGUAGCAAGCGAGGCAGACCACCCUUUUCCUCUUCUAAUGUCCUUUAGAAGGGCGAAAGGAGGUGGUCCGACGUUGUGUGGUUUCAUAGUGACAAAAGGUGACAUCGCCGUUCACUUGUCCUCGUCCAGAUUUUAACGUAACGCACGGCUUAUCGCGCCUCGUGUAUAUCAUAAACAAGAGAUUAUUCUCCGAGAAAAAGAGAAGAAGACAGCGAAUCGCUGAAUCAAACUUAUCGAGCCCAGACAGGACAUGAAAGUCUGUAUCGAGAAGAAUGAUAGCAGUUUAGUCGAGCGGAUUAAGUUUUUGGUGAUUACGGAAAUACAUACCUUGGCAUCUUGGUAGUACUCGACGUCUAUACAGUAAUCGCAUUCGGCUGGCCGUUGAUUUUUAUGUACUAGGCGUCGAGAUGCUGCCACAUCUCUUAAUAUAGACUUCACGAUUGAGACUUUUACUUGCUUUGCAUUUAGCGCCGAACCAUUCGAUUUUCUCCUUCGACAUUUUUUUUAAACGCAAAAGUAUAAAAAUGUAAAACUCUUAUACUAACGCAUUUAGCGUUAGAUAUAGUGAAGAAUGACCCGUAAAUGUACACGCAGUUUAUCGUAAAGAUUGAUUACAUUGCGACAGCGUGUGCGCGGAAAGUUGAUUUAAUUCGUAUGCGAUCGGCCUUCUAGAUUGAUUUCCUUCGAUAACGAUACUUCGGUUCGAGGAUAUCAUUGGAUCGGUAAAAUAGCACCUUUUGUCACUUAUGAACUGCGUUUCGAUACCGAAAUGGUUAGCGGCCUCUCGAUCUUAUGUUACGUUACAUCAAACGAUAAGUGCCGCUUCACAGAGCGAAGAUACUCUGACGCCAUUUCUAUACUCGCGCAUAAACGAGUAAGAGAAAUAUUGGGCCUACUUUUAAGUUCUUUGUUACGUUUUCUACAGGUUUCUAUCAUCAAUCGAAAUUAAUUCUUCACGCGAUAUUUUUACACGAUAUUUUGUAAGAUAUAUCGACCUAUUCUAAAUAGGUUCUCUGUUGAAAUCAAAAGUUUACUUUUUAUAUACUUAUAAAUUUUUUAUUUGACUUUUUUCGCGCUGACAUAGCGUAAGAAAAAGAAGUUGCUAUUGAAUCAUAGUAAAUGCCCCGAGUUCGUCGCUGGUAAACGUAGGAUAGUGAUUCGUACUUACGUGAUAUGAAGUACACACGCAGCAGACAAAUUCGAAACGUGAAGCGAUCCACAAUUCGAAGGGAAACGUGUAAUAAGGGAAAUGCGCUCCGCACAAUGUAUCUCCCGAGAUGUCACAAGAUGAGAGUACAAAUCGCAUAUUUCCUUUGACAUUCCGGAUAUUGUAUUUUUCUCAACGGGAAUCGCGUGAACAUACAAAAUCGCCCGUGAGCGACGCGCGAGUCACGAAAAUGGUUACUGUGCCAGAUAAUCGCAACGUUGAUUUGUCCGUCAACAUGAAUUACGUUGCACAAUUAAAGAACCGCGGUCGUCGGCGAUCUCGCGCGCUUGCGACCGCGAGGAUCGAAAAGUGUGCCAUUGAAAUGCCGUUUAUUACACAUAGUACAAUCGCGUAUGUAUGGUCGUGCAAAUCAAACGAUGCACGGAGACGCCGCCGUGGACGCCAACAGAAUCAAAGUACACAAUUAUACGCUCUCGCAACAUAACAGAACCUAUCUCUCUCUCUCCGGUUCCGAGAGCACGACAAUGAAACAGAGAUGCCGAUAUUUUUCACGAAUCUUUUUUAUAGAAUCGCUCAUUGUAAAGCUGUAUUAUUGCAUAGUCGCCUUUGUGUACUCUGAAGAAUUUGUACGUUAACGUACGUAAUAGGCGUGCCGUUUUUUCUCAUUACAAGUUCGAGACUCCGGUAUAUGAUACCGAAAAACACGAUCGAUUGAACACUGACAUAAUCGGACUUCAUUGGCAUUCUUCCUUAUUGUCGCGUUGUCCUUCCUCUUCCGGCACUCACGAAACACGUCACGUCACAUUCGCGUCGGAAUCCCACGUCGAUACAACACCGAUGAUUUUCUCCAUGUAUCGCGCACGUUGUAACUGCCUUCUUAUACUGAGACUUCGACGAAUACUUCUUCCAUGUAGCCUCCAGCCUUCGCAAUUAUUUUUCUAUAGGAGAUAUAGUAUCGUAAUAACGAAGGUAAUACACUUCUUUGUGCGCUUUCUAACGAAAGAUUAAAAAAGAGGAGUAAAUAUAUAUAUAUAUAUAUAUAUAUAUAAAUAUAUAUAUAUAGAUUCAUCGCAAUACAUACUUAAAAUCUACGUCCUACAUGUAGUACCAGGGACAAGCAAAAACACAUAUUCCGCGUAUACAUACACUCAUACACAUCACAUACACAUGCAUACACAUACAUACACACACAAAGGCAUAGACAGACGUAUAUUAAUCAAUUGAGUGAUUAGAUAAUAAUGUAUAUAAUCUUUGUACGAACCAUACUUCCCCUAUAAAACUCCGCUCCACUUACAUCAAGACAGGCGUGUGGUCAAAUCGAAACUGCAUUUGUGCGUAUCCGCUUCCGUUUUGUAUGACCGCGUACACAUAUGCGAUUUGAUUUAUGGAGAGAAGUGCGAGCGAAGUAGCAUCUCCGCCAUUUUGUAUUUCGUUCGCGCUUAUUAUUGUGAAACAGAACAGAGGAGUUUCAAGUAUUCGCCAAUUAAGCGAAUGCUUCAGGACUGACAUGCAGGAUCUCGCGGUCCCUACGUCGAGUCUCCGUUCCGUAUUUUCGCAUACAGGAAUGUGUAAAAAAGGAGAAACGACGAAAUGAUCGAUUGUGAAAGCGGAAAGUUGAUUUCGUCGAGAACGAGCUGUGUUAUCGUAGUUAGCGGUAGUUCUUAUAGUACGGGACAAUUAGCGUGUAAAAUAUUGCAGGCAGGUUUCUAAUUUAUAUUUAAAAAGUCCUCAUAGAAGUGCUUUAAUAUUUAUAGUAAUUUUUGGAUGUUUGAUAUCAGACAUCUACAUAACUAAUAUUUGAGUCACAAUACCGUUGAGGUAGAAUCGAUUUGCCGAAUUAAACGAAGAACGAAUCUUCGUCGUUCGUAUUCAUUCCUGAAGCUUAGUUUGCCUUUGUUUUAUCAUUGCUUCUGGUUGCUUGUAACCUAAAAGCUAUGUUAAUCGUCCUUCGAGUGAGAAUUUUUAUUGCAAACUUAAAUAAGGGACACUAAGUAUUUCUAUUGUAUGGCUCCUAAUUGUAAUCAAACCGCGAAUAUUAGUGAAUAAAUUUCUAAUCACAUUUUUCGGCGGGAGAUAGUCAAAAUGAGGAAAUCGUCGCCCUUAAUAUUCCGUAUGGUUGCGUUCCCGAAAGUGUCUAUUCUUGUGUAGCUUUCGUGCGAAAAUCUUGUAUAUGUGAGCGUCACUCAUAUUUCGCGAAAGAGAGUGAAAAUGAACGUUUAUCUACGUUUAUCACACGAGUCGGCUCCAUUUUCACCUUUUUCAUGCCACUUACGCAUUUCCUCGAUGUGUCCUGAUGCAGUCGUUCGAUAUGAUCCGAAUGUAAGCUCGCCUUUUGACGUCGCUUUCAUGAACUGAUUGCAUAUGCAGUUAGUAGUGCAGCUGUAUAGUCCAACGAGGUAAUGGCAAUAAGUGUAAUUUUCUCUUCCGCCGCGAUGGUCCUAAACCUAGUAAGCAAAUUGGUAGCAGAGUGCGCGCAGAUCAGCAGCAAAUUUAAUCAGAAUCCUGAAAUCACAGUCAUCUAUAUCCGCAUUCAGUAUUUUGUCGUCGGAGUUUGCUGACAGGCAAUGCGAACAGAUUGGCGGCCGAAAUCGCGCAGAUCUUGUCGCAUAGCAGGAUCUGCUCAAUUUCAGCUGCCAAUUUUCCGUCAGAUCGUUACAGGUUCUGCUCGGCUUCUACCGUCAAUCUGUUCGGAUUGCCUAUCAGUAGGCUCUGUCGCAUUUCUGGCGGCAGUUUGGCAACUCAAUGAGAAAUGACUUAUCAUAGACGUCGAAAAGACGUCGAUUUGACGAUUUCGACGUCGAUUUGACGUUUUUUCGACGUCUAUCGGUAAGUCAUUUCUCACUGGGAACAUAAUCAGAUAUAAUAAAUGUGUUGAAUUUGUUGCGUUCCUGCCAUGAAAAACUUGCAGGGCUCUGCUCAAAAUCUCUUUGCAUAGGUUUGGCUAUCUGGGAAGGUAGAUUUUUGCAAAGGCGUAAUGUUUGUAAGAGAAUGCCUGAGGUCGUUAGGUAUGAGCAAAUAAGAGUGUACAAUAAUAAUAAUAACGAUAAAAUAAUAAUAAUAGUGACAUACACGCACACAUGUCAGUUCGGAACAAUAUGGGGCGCAUAAAUAUUUUGCGAGCGAAAACGGUCAUUGCAUUUUCGCAUCGCUUUUAGGGAAUAAAAGGAAUCUGUGUCAUAGUGUAUGUAUAUUACUUUGUAGUUGCGCGAUGAAAGAUCAAACAAACAGCACGGGAGGUGCAUUCAGCCAAGCGAUGUGCAUUCACAUCCACACACAUACACACUUACGCGUGCACACACAUACACUUAUUGUCACCCGAAUAAAACUGCGUUUCGUCUGUA